UGUUUCAACAGUUUCGCCAACAUAACGGACGGUGUUUUGACAUGUAAAGUUGAAGUUUCCGGUUUGUUUUCGCUCGCUCGCUGUUGUGGAGUGUGAAGGGGAAAGAUUUUGCUUUAUUGUGGAAUUAUAAUUUAUAUCUACAGUUAUUAUUACACACAUUACAGUUAUUAUUAAAUAUAAGAUUUUAAACAUUUGACGAAGAUGGCUAAGAAAAAUAUCGAAGACGUGGAUUUAUAUGCCAUUCUUGAUCUUCAAAUCACUGCUACAGAAUCAGAGAUCAAAAAGGCUUAUCGUAAGAAAGCCCUCCAAUGCCAUCCAGACAAGAACCCAGAUGAUCCAAAAGCUGCUGAGGCAUUCCAUGAACUGUCACGGGCAUUAGAAAUACUUACUGAUGCAUCAGCAAGGGCUGCAUAUGACAAAGUACUAAGAGCUAAAGCCGCUGCGAAAUUACGACACCAAGAAUUAGACAGUAAAAGGCAAAAAUUAAAAGAUGACUUAGAAAGGCGAGAAAGAGAGGCAGCGUCAGGAAAAGACAGCAAUCUAACAGAUGAGCAAAAACUAGCUAAAGAAAUUGAACGACUUCAGAAAGAAGGCAGUCGUCUUCUUCAAGAAGAACAGCAAAGGAUGAAAGAAGAAAUAAAAAAGGGUAAAGAAGCUGUAUGGGAACCCAGUUUGAACAGAAUAAAAAUCAAAUGGAAAGCUGAGAAAAACGACCCUAACAAUGGCGGUUAUGAUGAAGCUACUCUUAGGAAAUUCCUGAAGAAAUAUGGCGACAUAGUAGCACUUAUAGUUUCUCCUAAGAAAAAAGGUAGUGGUUUGGUUGAAUUUGCUACAAAAGAAGCUUCUGAAAUGGCUGUUGAUUUUGAAAAAGGUUUACCAGAAAACCCACUAACAUUAAAAUGGAUGAAUGAAAGGCCUGUUCUCAUUACCAAGAAAGACCCCUCAGGAUCUUCAUUGAUCUCUGACAGGGAUUACGAAUCAGUUGUUUUGACUAAAAUGAGACAAGCAGCAGAAAGGCAAAGAUUAAUAGAAGAAAUGUUGAGAGAAGAACAGGAAGGUGGAUGAAAUAAAAAAUAAUUUAAUGAU